UACAAGGAAUUCAACUUUUCCGUUCUCAUCUCAGGAAUUCUACUUUCUGUUUCAAUACCUUACUGAAUGAAUUCGGUUUGAAUGAUCAGUAUUUAACGGACACUUGGUUUGCAAACAACUGAAAUUAUCGGAAGCCUGAAUUAAGAAAUGAAUCGAAUGAAAAUGGAAACGAGUACGAAAUGUUGGUCAGUUCAAACGGGAAGAGAAAGAUAUAUUGCUGGUAUGGUUCUUAGUGCUGUUGGAGAUGCCCUCGGCUACAAAAAUGGUGCAUGGGAAUUUUGCACGCGAGGUGAUAAGAUUCAUAGAGAGUUAAAAGACAUGGGUGGUAUUAAGCGUAUUGAGGUUAGAUUACCUGACUGGACAGUUAGUGAUGACACGGUGAUGCAUUUAGCAACUGCAGACGCUCUUGUGAGACACAAAAAGUGUGAAGAUAAAGAAAACCUCUAUUCACUUCUUGCAGAUGCAUACCAAAAAUGUAUGAAUGAUAUGGCAAAUCGUUCCCCUGGUAUGACUUGCAUGGAAAUGGCAAGAAAAUUAAAUCCAUUCAAGGAAGCUGGGUAUCGAAUUCCGUUUAAUCCGAGAGGGGGUGGUUGUGGGGCGGCCAUGAGGUCAAUGUGUAUUGGACUGAGAUAUCCGCGACCUGCUGACAUUGAGGAUCUUAUCGAAGUUAGCAUAGAAUCUGGAAGAAUGACCCAUCAUCACCCAACUGGAUAUCUCGGCUCUCUUGCUUCUGCUCUUUUCACUUCAUAUGCGGUUCAAAAGAAACCAGUAAGCGAAUGGGGAGUUGGGCUGAUUGGAUGUCUGGAACUAGCUAAGCAAUACGUUUCUUCGUGCAAGGGCAUUUUCGUGGAAGAAAAUAUAAAAAGCUGGGGCUAUUUUGAAAACAAGUGGAAGGCAUAUUUGAGAUUGAGGAACAUACACGAGGGUAUAAAUAAGCCACAUUUUCCAGUAGAUUUCGAUAAUGUCGUUAAACGGGAUCAGUUUUACACGAUGAUGAGUUACGACAACUGGGGAGGGGCAAGCGGACAUGACGCCCCGAUGAUUGCGUAUGAUGCAUUACUUGCCUGUGAUGGUGAAUGGAGUGUAUUAUGUGAUCGAGCUAUGUUUCACGGCGGGGACAGCGACAGUACUGGAGCAAUUGCAGGUUGCCUCUUCGGUGUUUUGUAUGGGUUCAGUGAUGUUCCGAAGUGUAAUUAUAAACAUGUCGAGUAUCAUGACCGAAUCGAUAAAGUAGCUGUCGAACUUUAUGAGUUAGCUGUUUCAAAAUAAUGUGUGAAAUAAACCGCUUUAUUCUUACUUACUUAUGAAUGUAUUGACAUAAAAAACAUUCUCCAUUUAUUAUCAAAUCAUGUUUAUUACAUAUUGAGUAUUGUUAAAAUGUAAAGACACAUAACUAGUCUUGUUGGAUUUUCAUUAUUUCUUUUUAUGGUAGGAAAUAAUAAUUGUCAUUUUUGUCGGAAUGAAUACACUGUAGUCAAAAUUUGAUGUAAGAAAUAUACAUGUCAUCAUUGCUGUCUUAAUGCUGUACAUCAAUAUUCGUAUUCACUUUUCUUUCAUAAAAGAAGUAUAACGAUAAAAAUGAAGAAUGGUUCACUUUAUAUAAAAUAUGUACUUCAUCUCAAUAAAAGUGAUAUUCAUA